AACUGCCAUGGGCUGACCAGAAAGAGGAAGUGUGGUCAGGCUGGGGCCUGUUGCCUCCAAGGGUGAGUGAGGGUACGUGGGCGAUGAAGCCUCUCCCCAGUUGUGCUUAAGGAACGCCCUCAGUCCACAGCUGUGUCCACAGCUGCUUCAGCGAGCACCCUGGCAGUCUAGGCUCCCGCAGCAAUGGGUUGGUGGAGGGACAAUUUCUGGAUCAUCCUAGCUAUGGCCAUCAUCUUCAUCUCCUUGGUCCUGGGUCUCAUCCUGUACUGUGUCUGCAGGUGGCAGCUUAGACAAGGUAGGAACUGGGAAAUUGCCAAGCCCUCAAAACAGGAUGGAAGAGAUGAAGAAAAGAUGUACGAGAAUGUUCUUAAUUCUUCACCAGAUCAGUUACCUGCCCUGCCACCCAGGAGUUCACCUUUCCCAGGAGACCUAGCCCCACAGGAAGCGCCAAGACAACCAUCAGCUUGGUACUCAUCAGUGAAGAAAGUUAGAAACAAGAAAGUCUUUACUAUCUCAGGCUCCAUGGAGCCAGAAAAUGAUUAUGAUGAUGUUGAGAUUCCAUCGACCACUGCAAUCCAGCACUCUAAAACCACGCCUUUUUGGCAAGUUGAAACAGGUUUACACAGUUCAUUUUAGAAUAAUCUAGAAUGGCUGAACUGUACCACAAGCACUUCUAAUCCCUAGAGGAAGCCACCUCAGCCAUGUGAAAGCCACAGCAGAAGAUAGGACAGCUUGAUGUUCCUGAGGCUCUAGAUGAGGCUCCAGAUGUUCCCAAUGCUCCAGAUGUUCCCGAUGCUCCAGAUGUUCCAGAUGUUCCCAAAUGCUACAGAUGCUCCUGUUGCUACAGAUGCUCCUGAUGUUUCUGACACUGCAGAAGCUCUGCCCUGAGGCUCUGAAGGCAUUGGCACCUCUGUGGAGGAAGUUUCCUUAGUGCAGACCACUGGCCCUGUGAGAAUUGACUCAUUUCUUGACACUCCCCUUCGUUCCCUUGGUGAAUGUGGCUGCAAGGCAGUGACUCUCAACCUUCCUGAUGCUGGGACCCUUCAAUACAGUUCCGUAGGUUGUGUUGACCCCCAUCCAUACCAUUAUUGUUGCUACUUCAUAUCUGCAAUUUUGCUACCUUUAUGAAUUAUAAUGUAAAUAUCUGAUAUUCAGGA